GUCCGGGCACUGCCGGCGCCAGGCGCAAGACUGCUGCCCGAGGGGCGGAUUGGAGGGGCGGUCUGGGGCCUGGGCAGAGAAAGAGGCGUAGAGGUGAAUUCACAGAUAAGCUUUUAUGGACACGCUCUCUGCCCGCCGGACGGGAGGCGGGGUGGCAGCCGGAUUAAAGCAGCAGCCUGGAAGGAAGGAAGGAGCGAGGGAGGGACGGGAACAGUUGGAGGAGGAGCAGCGAGCUGGGCUGCGGCGACUGGAGGAGGCGCGGCCCCCGCGAGGCCACGUUUUGUUUUUGUUAUUUUCCAGCGAAAGAGUUCUCACAGGCCCUCGCUGAGUACCGAUCCCGCCGAAGCUCCGCGGCCCCGACCUUCCAGGUGACAGCCGGUCACCCUGGUGGGAGUCAGCUCCGCCCCAAGUCAUCCCCUCCCGCCCACAGCCCAUUCCCCGCCCAGCCAGCCUCCCAGUGCCCGCCCGGGGCGAGCACGGCGGCCGCAGCGGCUCUGCAGCGCUGGAGCGGACGGCGACCUGCGGCGGCGCGGGGCCCUCGGCGUGGUCUUCCGACCCAGAGGAGUCGCGGACGAGGAAGGGGAGGUCCGGCCCUCGGCGCAAGCUGGAGAAAGGAGGAUGACGAUUUAACCCGCCCUCUCCUGCCAGUCCUGUUGCCUGGCGCUCCUCGGGUGCCCGCCGCCGGAGCCUGGGAGCCGCGCCCGGGGUAGUGCCGCAUGGGGCAGGGCCGCUGAAGCGCGGAGUUCGGGGUCUCGCCAAGGCGGGCGCAGGGGCCCGACGCUGCAAUUGGCACAGUUUCGGCGCGCUUCAACGCGAGAGCUGGGCGCGCGGCACGCCUAUCCGACCGUCUCGGUGCCCUCGGGAGGUGCGAGUUAUGGAGCCCCCCAGCUGCAUUCAGGAUGAGCCAUUCCCGCACCCUCUGGAGCCCGAGCCGGGCGCUCCUGCACAGCUGGGCCCCGGGAAACCGGGCGACAAGCGGUUCCGGCUGUGGUACGUGGGGGGGUCGUGCUUGGACCGCAGGACCACGCUGCCCAUGCUGCCCUGGCUAAUGGCCGAGAUCCGCCGGCGCAGCCAGAAGCCCGAGGCGGGCGGCUGCGGGGCGCCGGCGCCCCGCGAGGUGCUCCUGGUGCUCAGCGCGCCUUUCUUGCGCUGCGUCCCCGCGCCGGGCGCCGGGGCCGUGGGGGCCUCCUGCCCCGCGACCGCUCAGCCCAACCCGGCCGUGUUCAUCUUCGAGCACAAGGCGCAGCACAUCUCGCGUUUCAUCCACAAUAGCCACGACCUCACCUACUUUGCCUACCUGAUCAAGGCGCAGCCCGACGACCCCGAGUCGCAGAUGGCCUGCCACGUUUUCCGCGCCACAGACCCCAAUCAGGUUCCGGAUGUCAUCAGCAGCAUAAGGCAGUUAUCGAAAGCGGCCAUGAAAGAGGAUGCCAAGCCCAGCAAAGACAACGAGGAUGCCUUUUACAACUCGCAGAAGUUCGAGGUCCUGUACUGCGGCAAGGUGACGGUGACCCACAAGAAGGCCCCGUCCAGCCUCAUCGACGACUGCAUUGAGAAGUUCAGCCUGCACGAGCAGCAGCGCCUGAGGGUCCAGGGCGAGCCCCGCCCCCCGGAUGCGGGCGAGGACUCGGCGGCACUGGUGGCCGAGGCGCCCGCUCCCCUCGCGGACGCGCUGUCCGAGGAAGGGGACGGCGUCGCCGACACCCACCCGGUCUUUUCCUCCGCUCCCAGCCAGCCUGGACCGGCCAGCUCUCGCAUCUGCUUCCCCGAGCGGAUUUUGGAAGAUUCUGCCUUUGAUGAACAGCAGGAGUUCCGGUCCCGGUGCAGCAGCGUCACGGGUGUCCUGCAGAGGAAAGUUCACGAGAACAGCCAGAAGCCCCAGCCGCGGAGGAGGCACGCCAGCGCGCCCAGCCACGUCCAGCCCUCGGAUUCGGAGAAGAACAGAACGAUGCUGUUCCAGGUUGGCCGGUUUGAGAUUAACCUCAUCAGUCCAGACACUAAAUCAGUUGUGCUUGAGAAGAAUUUUAAAGAUAUCUCUUCUUGUUCCCAGGGUAUAAAGCACGUCGAUCACUUUGGCUUCAUCUGUCGGGAGUCGCCAGAGCCUGGGCUGAGCCAGUAUAUCUGUUACGUGUUCCAGUGUGCCAGCGAGUCUCUGGUCGAUGAGGUGAUGCUGACUCUCAAACAGGCUUUCAGUACGGCCGCUGCCCUGCAGAGUGCCAAGACCCAGAUUAAGCUGUGCGAGGCCUGCCCUAUGCACUCUUUGCAUAAGCUCUGUGAACGGAUUGAAGGUCUCUACCCACCAAGAGCCAAGCUGGUAAUACAGAGGCACCUCUCAUCAUUGACUGAUAAUGAGCAAGCUGACAUCUUUGAACGAGUCCAGAAAAUGAAGCCCAUCAAUGACCAGGAGGAGAAUGAACUUGUCAUUUUACAUCUGAGGCAGCUCUGUGAAGCCAAGCAGAGGACACACAUUCACAUUGGGGAAGGCCCAUCGACUAUUUCCAGUAGUACAAUCCCGGAAAAUUCGACGAGCAGUGGAAGGUUCAAACUUGACAUCCUGAAAAAUAAAGCUAAGAGAUCCUUAACUAGCUCCCUGGAAAACAUCUUCUCAAGGGGAGCUAACAGAAUGAGAGGCCGGCUUGGAAGUAUGGACAGCUUUGAACGGUCCAACAGUCUUGCUUCAGAGAAGGACUACUCGCCCGGAGACUCUCCGCCGGGGACCCCGCCGGCUUCCCCACUGUCCGCCGCUUGGCAGACGUUCCCUGAAGAGGAUUCCGACUCCCCGCAGUUUCGAAGACGGGCCCACACGUUCAGCCACCCACCUUCCAGCACGAAGAGAAAGCUGAAUUUCCAGGAUGGGAAGGCUCAUGGGGUCCGCUCCCCUCUGCUGAGGCAGGGCUCCAGCGAACAUUGCAGCAGCCUUCCGUCAGUUCGGCGCAUGCACAAGGAGAAUAAUUCUUCCACCAGUCUUCCAAGUCUUCAUACUUCCUCCUCUGCCCCUUCCUUCACUGCCCCCUCUUUCCUGAAAAGCUUUUACCAGAAUUCAGGUAGACUGUCCCCACAGUAUGAAAAUGAAAUCAGCGAUGGAGAGGGGAGGAAAAGGACCUCAUCCACCUGCAGCAAUGAGUCGCUAAACACUGGAGGAACCCCCGUCACUCCUCGCCGAAUUUCCUGGCGACAGCGCAUCUUUCUUAGGGUUGCCUCGCCCAUGAACAAAUCUCCGUCAGCAAUGCAGCAGCAGGAUGGACUGGACAGGAGUGAGCUGCUGCCACUGUCCCCUCUGGCGCCAACCAUGGAGGAGGAACCGCUGGUUAUAUUCACAUCUGUUGAAGAUGACACGGAAAAGGUGGAAGGAAGGAAAAAGUCGGAAGAACUGAGGAGUUUGUGGAGAAAAGCUAUACACCAGCAAAUCCUGUUGCUUCGAAUGGAAAAAGAAAACCAGAAACUUGAAGCAAGCAGAGAUGAACUCCAGUCCAGGAAAGUUAAACUGGAUUAUGAAGAAGUUGGUGUGUGUCAGAAGGAGGUCUUCAUAACCUGGGAUAAGAAGUUGUUAAACUGCAGAGCUAAAAUCCGAUGUGAUAUGGAAGAUAUUCAUACUUCUCUAAAAGAAGGUGUUCCCAAAAGUCGGCGAGGAGAAAUCUGGCAGUUCCUCGCUUUGCAAUAUCGUCUGAGACACAGAUUGCCUAAUAAGCAUCAGCCUCCUGACACAUCCUACAAAGAGCUCUUAAAGCAGCUCACGGCCCAGCAGCAUGCUAUUCUAGUGGACUUAGGGAGGACAUUCCCUACCCACCCUUAUUUUUCAGCACAGCUCGGGGCAGGGCAGUUGUCUCUCUUUAACCUCUUGAAAGCCUAUUCAUUGCUGGACAAAGAAGUGGGUUACUGUCAGGGGAUCAGCUUUGUGGCCGGAGUCCUGCUUCUGCACAUGAGUGAAGAGCAAGCCUUUGAAAUGCUGAAGUUCCUCAUGUAUGACCUGGGCUUCCGCAAGCAGUACCGGCCUGACAUGAUGUCACUACAGAUACAGAUGUACCAGCUGUCCAGGCUCCUUCAUGACUAUCACAGAGCUCUCUACAAUCAUCUUGAAGAAAAUGAAAUCAGCCCCAGUCUUUAUGCUGCCCCCUGGUUCCUGACAUUGUUUGCCUCUCAGUUUCCAUUAGGAUUUGUAGCCAGAGUUUUUGAUAUUAUUUUUCUCCAGGGAACUGAAGUUAUAUUUAAGGUCGCCCUCAGCCUGCUGAGUAACCAAGAGACACUCAUAAUGGAAUGUGAAAACUUUGAAAAUAUUGUCGAAUUCCUUAAAAACACGCUACCUGAUAUGAAUACAUCUGAAAUGGAGAAAAUUAUCACCCAGGUUUUCGAGAUGGACAUUUCUAAACAGUUACAUGCCUAUGAGGUGGAGUAUCAUGUGCUGCAGGAUGAACUCCAGGAAUCUUUAUAUGCCUCUGAGGAGAGUGAGCCCAUGGAGAAGCUGGAGAGGGCCAAUAGCCAACUGAAAAGACAGAACAUGGAUCUCCUAGAAAAAUUACAGAUAGCUCAUGCUAAAAUCCAAACCUUGGAAUCCAACCUGGAAAAUCUUUUAACCCGAGAGACCAAAAUGAAGUCAUUGAUCCGGACGCUGGAACAAGAGAAAACAGCUUAUCAAAAGGCGGUGGAGCACAUCCGGAAGCUGCUGCCGCCAGAUGCUCUGGCCAGUUUUGACCCGCUGCUGAGAGACUUGAACUGCAACCCUAACAACAAAGCCAAGAUCGGAAACAAGCCAUAAACGGAGGCAGGCCGCCGGGGCAGGAAGUGCCCCGAGGAUGCGAGGAUGCAGGAUGCGUCAGUUAGGAGGAGGCUGCAUGCUCCUGGCCCAUCGCUGGACACCGGAGCUGACAGAACCACCAAAUCGGGUCUGAGCCCAGAUCGGAGUGGUAGCCCUCGCUCUCCUUAGAGCAUGCCAGUUCUAUGCCAUUGUACAUAAGCAGACUGUUUUUUGCUGUCCAUGUUGACUAUGUACAUACAUAUAUAUAAUGGACCUAGAGAGUUCUUGCUUUCUGAAAAAAAGGAGUAGAUGUAUAUUUAGGGCAACUUUUUUAAAAAAUCAAAACUUCAUGAAAUCCACAUCAAAGGGAAGCUAAAGUGAAAUUCCCUUGGACACAUGUGAAAUCAUUUUGUCUUUGUAGUGAAACAAAGCUAGAACAUCUUUGUAUAUUGACAUAUACUUGAAAAAAAUGAAUGUAUUUUUUUCUCCAAAGAACAGCAUGUUUCACUCAGUGGUGGGGAGGUUAAAAACUUUUGGGUAGCUUUAUGUGGACCUGUCUUAAAAUCUACUGACAAUAUAUAUAUAAUAUAUAUAUAUGGAAAAUGACUGAUUGCCAGUCAAGCUCCUAUGGGUUUUUCAGGAAAGUGGGGGCCUUCCCCCUGCUGCCUGCUUUGUGCCAAUGGGCAUGUUGCAUCUACAUGCAUUUUGAGUCUGGUCAAGCAUUACUUUAGGUGUGUGCAAGGAGAAAGCAAGACUGUGGCUGAGUUGGCCCACCCAGCUCAAGGUGAAAGAGAAUGUUACUAACUUUCUAGCAAAUCAGACCAGCAUUAUUACUUAAAUUAAAAAUAUCAGUCCUCAAAAAUUUAAUUUUGGAGAGUUCCCGUUGUGGCUCAGCAGAUGAAGAACCUGACAUAGUGUCUACGAGGAUGCGGGGUCCCCGGCAAGGCGGGAUCCAAGCUGCAUCUGUGACCUAUAGCACAGCUCACAGCGACGCUGGAUCCUUAACCCACGGAGCGAGGCCCAGGGAUGGAACCUGUAUCCUCAUGAGUCAGUUUCAUUAGCUGCUGAGCCACAAUGGGAACUCCUAACUCUCUACCUUUUAUUUAAAUUACUCCUACAGUUGUGAAUGCACUCCCUUUUAUUUGGUGCCACAGUUGGUGACAAGGAUUUGCCAUUUCCCACCAAAAUGUGGGAGCUCUUACUUAGAUCUCACUACCUUAAAUGAAGAAUAAGGAAAUGCAAUUAUGAUUGGUUUUCUAAAGAUGAUGUUACUAUGGUGAGAAUCUUUUUUUUUUUUUUAAUGCCAAUUGAGAGGUGUGAUAAGCUCACAUCUUCCCCUUUCAUGUAACGAUUUAUGAGAACUGUGGAAUGUGUAAAACAAACUGUUGAAAUCCAUGGGCAGGGAGGGAGAAAGCCCUUCUAAAGCCUACAGUUCUGUAUCCGGACUCCCGACUUUCUCAGCCUACAGAUUAUUAGAGGACAUUCGUGCAUGCUGGGUGUGGAAGGAAAGGCAUUUGUAACGUACCCGUGGAAUUUCUCCAUUUCAGAGAUGAUUCUAUGAUAGUGCCUUGGAAAGUUGAUGCAGCAUUUUUGCCUUUCCAAACAAUAUUUAUCACCACUGCUUUUUGCAUAUUAUCACAGAUGGAUUGUCUGGAAUACUUUUCUUCAAAGGGAGUUUGUUAUACACAAGCUAUAAUGUAUUAUAGAGUUAAAGAAGAAAGCUCUAAAGGUUUCAGAAAAUCUUGAUGAGCAGAUGAUCAGCAUCUAAAACCUCUUCUAGACCAUUGCUCAGUGUAUAUGUAUUGAUUCUUGAUACAAAACAGCAUGCCCUCCAACCCAUGCACUUUCUUAAAAGAAAAUAAAGUCUUAUUAGCAGACUAUUAAUGUAAUUUCUAGGUUCUAGAAAAUGCUGAUUCUCAUUACCCCAUUCACUUGGGGGCACCAGCUAUUUUGUUGCUUGGAUUUCCCCCAGAUUUCUCUAUUUGUAGGAGACGUUUUUCCUAUGAGGAAUAUAAUGAAUAUUAUCUGGUUACUGUUUGGCAAUGAAAAUUCUCUCAUGUGUGUGAUACACAAGUGGUAGCCAGGGCAUCUUCAAGUUGGGAAAAGAAAUUUUUCCUUUCAGUUGUUCAAUUUAAAAUAAAUUUUAUUCUGGAGGUUCAGAGUCAACAUUACGAGUUGUUUUACCGUGUUUAGAGUUCAAGUUGUCUUGGAUACAGUAUUUCUUUUGAAAAUGAAUUUUUCUUUUGUGAUCUUUUAAAGGUUGCACCAAUUAUGCUUCAUGCGUUGUUACAUCUUCAUCUGAUUAGUAUAUGUCUAGUUCAUUUUCAAUAAAUACAUUGCUGCAGUUUCCUUG